AUGGCGGAGAUGGUUCAAGAUGUUUCUGAAGCGGAUAAACGACAUCUCGUUGAACUCGUCAAAGAACUCAGGUAUAAAAAAUAUGUUUCAGUUUCAACACUUCUGAACUCGUCUUAACUCACAGAUUUGCUACUUAGAGUAGCAAUUUGUGGGCGCAAAACCAAAAGGCCUAGCACAGCCUUGUCCCUCAAUGCCUCUUUUUCCAGACGCUCCAAUGCGGUGCUCCGGGCAGAAACGGAUAUGUAUGAGCGGUAUAUUAGCCGCUUGGACCCCAGGGACUUGGUUCCUCAGCCUUUAUCAGAUUCCCUGGGAGCAGCUGCAGCAUCACAGUUGGAGAUCGGAGGGGUAUGAGAAAGCAUCUUGCACAACUUCCACCAACGUAAUGUGUUGAAUGAAAUGUAUUGCCCUGCCCUAAAUGGUAUUUGAUCUCUUGUGAUUGACUCAUGCGCUAUAGUCUCGUCGUCCACUAUAACCUCAUAGGUAUAAGUCUUCUGUUCAAGUUUGACAACACAUAUCCUAGUCUUGGCCGGUUAUUAGUUACAAAUAUGAGUCCUGUUAACUUUCUCCAUUUCAGGAUGCUGGGGCUGGGGAUGAAUAGCCCUAAGCCUACCGGUAUUAUUAUAUGGUUGGCUAAGGCUUGUGUGGGAAAUACAAAGUGUGUGUAUUAUUACCAUAGAAAAAUAAGGGUUAUUACUGCAUGUUUGCAUGCUUGUAUUUCUAUUGUUCAGGGCCGUGGGAGAAAGAUUAAAACACGGACAAUGGCUCUGGAGCAGUUGCAACGUCUGACAUUGGAGCAAAAGUGUGACAUGGCACAGAGAGAGUUAGAUGAAACCAGGGAGGACCUGGAGAAACUGAAGGAGAGCUCAGAGAGAGUGCUCCACAACUAUAAGGUAAACACAACAUACAAACAGAGAGAGAACGGAGAGAGAAAGACUAUUCUGGAUCUGUGUAACCUGCAGAGGAAUCUGUGAUUUGGUUUAGCUGUGGUCUAUGUAGUUAAGAUGCACUGAAACCCAUUCAGAUUUCUGGGAUUAUUAUAUCAAAAGCUUGAUAACCAAUCAUUUCUGGGCCCCUUCCCCAUAUCAGGCAACUCUGGAGGAAGCAGAUAUUCGACUUGUGGAGGUCAAGAAAGCAAGUUAUGAGUUUGACCGUGAUGUCGCUAAGGUGUUGAGGGAGAAGAGAGGUGUCAUGAUGGGAGCAGAGAAGGUCAUUCGUUAUUUUGAGGACAGGAUGAGAGCAAAGGUAAGCAAGCAGCAUGUCAUGCAGGGUGGUCAGGUCAGAGUUCUUAAAUCACAUUUGGUUCCUCACUUGAAUUACAAAUCUUGGAAGUAAUGCAAGCUUCAAUAUCAGCAUUCACUGUUACCGACUGCUGCCCUGUUUCUCUGACCUCAUCAUGUGUUCAUCUCAUCCUGCUGCUACCUUUACUUCAUCAUACAGGACACACUGGUUGAGAAGCUGCGGUUGAAGAAUGCAGCUCUCCAUGUGCAGAAGAGGAAGCUGCAGUUACAGCUACGACAGAAAGAGGAAAUGGGUGAAGCCCUGCACGAGGUGGAUUUCCAGCAGCUGAAGAUCGAGAACAGCCAGUAUCUCAAACGCAUUGAUGAAAGAAACCAGGACAUUCUGCGCCUAAAACUCCUGGCAGGAAACACCCUGCAGGUUCUCAACUCCUACAAGGUUUGAUUCCUAUUCAAACACUGUUGUAUGUACAUCUCAUUUCUCUUUUCUUGUGCAGGGGUGUGAUCAGGUUCAGGAGAGUGGAAUUAUAUAUUCCUGGUUGGGGAAUCUGAACUUGAGUUUUAUCAGUUUAUCUCAAGGGAUCUACCUCUCAAGGCUUAAUUUCAUCACCCAGGCCCAACUAAGGUACUUUACCUGUGUUGUGUUACUAGGUACGUGGGGGUUUGGGAGUUUGAUAAGGAAAUGUGUUGUUGUUCCCAUUGCAGAAGAAGCUGCAGAGCAUGACAUGUGAGUCAAAGCUGCUUAGUAGUGACAUCGCCUCCCGUAAGGAGAUGCUGGUGAAGAUCGAGGAGGAGACACUGCAGGCAGAAGAGGUCAAUUUAACAUUCACCUGUUUAGUUUUUAACCAAUAUCAUACAAGUUUUGUAGCCAACUAGUCAGCCAUGUUUGCAACACUGCUGGUGGGUAGGCUAAUAUCCCCCUCUCUGUGUCCUUCUUGGGCAGGAGCGAGCCAAGGCAGAGACUCUUAACAGAAAGCUGCGAGGCCAGCUGGCAGACUUCCGUGUUCCCCACGUGCUGCAAUACAUCACAGCUAAGGCCUCCCAUAGCCAGCUCGAGCAGAGUGUCCGGGCCUGGGAACGAAAAGUCAAGAUCUCUGAGGUGAGAGACAAGGUUGUAGGUUAGAGUUAUAACUUUACUUAUGAAGGGUACCUACAGAAGGUACGUACAUACUUCAUAACACAUUCAUAAUAAUAUUUUCAUUUUGUAUUGCGGUUGGCUUCUGUUCUGCUUAUGAAUUUGUAAAUUGUUAUUAAGUCCUUACCUACGUAGGUACCCUUUUUAAGUAAUGUUAUCAAGUUGGGUAAGGAACAUGCAGUUCUGAAAUUAUCAUUAUAGAACCAGAAAGUUCCUGAUAUCCAUCCCAUCCAUACAGAUGGCUCUGAAGACACACACCAAGACCUGGAACAAGCUGAAGAAAGCUGCAGGAGCGGGACCAGUCACAGCCCGGUGA